GGAGUCUGGUGGCGGCGGUGGGCGCGGCAGGGACCGCGGCGGAGCUGAGGACUUGCAAGCUGAUGGGGGUGGCCGCAGCCCAAAGGAGAUUGCCGGGACCUCGGCCUCUAGCCCCGCGGGCUCCAGGGAGAGCGGCGCCGACAGCGACGGGCAGCCCGGGCCCGGCGAGACGGACCACUGCCGCCGCAUCCUGGUGCGAGAUGCCAAGGGAACCAUCCGGGAAAUUGUCCUGCCCAAGGGCCUGGACCUGGACCGGCCCAAGCGGACCCGCACAUCCUUCACAGCCGAGCAGCUCUACCGCCUGGAGAUGGAGUUCCAGCGCUGUCAGUACGUGGUGGGCCGUGAGCGCACUGAGCUGGCCCGCCAGCUGAACCUCUCCGAGACCCAGGUGAAGGUCUGGUUCCAGAACCGCCGCACCAAGCAGAAGAAAGACCAGAGCAGAGACCUGGAGAAGCGGGCGUCCGCCUCGGCCUCUGAGGCCUUCGCCACCUCCAACAUUCUGCGGCUGCUGGAGCAGGGCCGGCUGCUGUCUGUGCCCAGGGCCCCCAGCCUCCUGGCACUGACACCCGGCCUGCCAGGCCUGCCUGCUGGCCACAGGGGCACCUCCUUGGGUGACCCCAGGAACUCCUCCCCACGCCUCAACCCGCUGCCCUUGGUCUCAGCAUCCCCCCCACUGCCACCCCAUCUGCCAGCCAUCUGCUUUUCCACGGCACCACUGCUGGACCUGCCUGCCAGCUACGAACUAGGCUCCUCUGCCUUUGAACCCUACAGCUGGCUAGAACGGAAAGUAGGCAGCCCUGGCAGUGGCAAGAAAGCUAACACUUAAGACUCCCACCCCCGUGCAACACUGAGUCCCCAAGCACAGCACCCCCCCAGCCUCCUGUGCCCCAGCAGACUGCGGACUGCACUGAGCAGGCCCUGGAGAGGAGGAGUGGCUGCCCUACGCCCCUCCAUGCCUGCUGUCCAGCUCAGAGACUCUCGCCAAAUGGCCUUGGUCCCGCAGCUUGUGUGUGUGAGUGCAGUGUGCGCGUGUGUGUCUCACUAAAAUAAAAGGAAAACAAUGACAAGAAGGGAAA